AUGGGUCAUAUAAAUAAUAUAAUAUCAUUACCAUUUAAUUUAUUUAAUUUAUUAGAUAGUUUAAAUAUUCAAUCUUUACAACAAUGUAUAAAAUGUACAUCAAAUCAAGUUUAUAUUGAUAAAUUAUCACCAAUUAUUAAAAUUAUAAAUGAUUUAAAUCAAUGUGAUAUUUCAAUAGCAGAGAUAUUUUAUGAAAAGAUGACAUUAAAAUCAGAAAUGUUUGAUAAUAGUAAAGUUAAACAAUAUAGCGAAGUGAUAGCAUUUAUAAAAAAGAAUCAAGAACAUUUACCAAUUGAUAAGAAGAAAAUGGUGAUCGAAUUCUUUGAAAAGUUAAUUAAACAUUGGACAACCUAUAAUGUCGAUAUUGACUCGUCAUUGAUUGGUUUGACACCAACUGACUCGCUAAUAAAUAAACUAUCACAAGAGAGUAAUUCCAAUGAGUUAUCAACAAUGUUGUCUAAUAAAGAUAUAGAGAAAAUGAUGAAAGAUGAGGACUACAUUCAAAAGAUAAUAAAAUGGAGUUCAAUUGAUAAUCCCACCGAUUUAAUGAAAGAGAUUAGACAUUAUGCAUCAAUAUUUCGUGGUGUUGAUAAAUUGAAAAAGGGGGAUCUAGUAAUUGUUAGAUUCACUACAAACACGCAGCAUCCAGGCUCGAGUUUAGCUGCAACUAAUAACAUAUCAACUUCUGCCUCACUUUCAUCAUUAUCAACUGGUACAUUAUCAUCAAUAACUGUAACAUCCUCAAAUUUCAAUUCAUCAUCACCCAUACUCUCUUCAACACCAUCGCCCUCAAUAUCAGCGGCAGCAGCACAUUCAUCUUCAACCAAUCUUUCAACUAUAAAUCUUUCAACUGUUCAAGCAAGAUCAAUAUUUUCAAAAACUAAAAUUAUACCAAAUAGAGUAACAUCAUCUUUUAAAAAUAGUAUGUUAUCAAUACCAAUUAUAACUUUAGAUGAUUAUUGUAAAAAAUAUAUUAAACCAAUUGUAAAUCUUUCAACCACUUCAUCAUCAUCAUCAUUAUCCACAUCUUCAAACAAUUUAACCACAAAUAAUAAUAAUAAAUUUGUACUUUUAAAAUCAAAUUUACGUAAAGUUUUUAAUCAAAAAGCACAAUUUGCAAGAUAUUCAGGUGAAAGAGUUGGAAAUUAUUUAAUUUGUUACUUUUCACCAGAAGAAAAAGAAGGUGUCGCUGUACCAAUUGAUAGUGUAUUAUUAUUAAAUAAAAGUUUAUUAGAAAAGAUUAAAGAAAAAGAUAAAAACUAUUUAAAGAAAAUGAUUCAUCAACCAUCUGAUGAUUUUAAUAAAGAAUUAGUUCAAAGAGUUAAAGAAUGUACAGUUAAAUAUUUACAUCAACUAUCGGUUGAUUUAAGAUUCGUUCAAAUGGAAACAAUUAAUAUACCUCCAAAUCUAUUAUCACUAAAAAAGAUUAAAUCAAUGGGACAAAAAGUUAAAUCCAUUCUAUCCGAUAGUCAGCAUCCACUCUAUCAAGAUCUAGAUGAACAAAUUAAUCAAGAGAUAAACUCAUUCCUACUAUCGAUUGAUACUCAUCAAUUUUUUAUGCCAACCUAUGGUAAUACCAUCAGUGAAAUUAAAGAGAAUCAUCCAUUAUUUAUAGCGAAAUCAAAAAUCAAUCAAACUCAUGGUGAAAUUGAAAUGGCUUUUGAAAAAUUCAAAUCAGAGAAACAAAACUAUCUAAGUGGUACUAGAAAAGAUGAGAUCUCUGAUUGGUGGUUAAAAAAGGUUGAAAAUCGUUCAAAUGAUUUCUUGGAAAGACGUGGUUUCAAAUUGAAUGCUUUACCUGAUAAUUAUAUUGAACAACAACCAAAUAAUCUAAAUGAUAUCUUUUUAAAUCUUCAUAUUAUUAAACAAGUUUUAAGUCCAAAUCCUUCAAAUGUAACUGUUAUUAUACAACCUUCUUCUUCCUCACCAACUCCUUCUUCUUCUUCCUCUUCUUCUUCUACACCGUUAUCAUCAUCACCUCAACCUUCAAUACCUUCACCAACAAUGUCUCAUAGAAAAAGGUCAACAAGUGGUGGUAGUCCAAGACCUCAUUCUCCAGUUAGUACUUCACCAAGUAAUUUUAAUAAUAAUUUAUUAAAUAAUGGUAAUGGUAAUGGUGGUGGUGGUGUAUCAUCUGCAAUUACAACUUCAAGCGCAAUAGCAAAUUCAAAUUCCAGUUCAUCAUCAUCUUCUUCUUCACCAAAUUCUUCACCAACAUCUUCACCAACAUCUACAACUGCAACUACAACUACAAAUACAAAUACUACGCAAGCAACAACGAUACAACAACAAUUACAACAACAACAACAACAACAACAACAACAACAACAACAACAAUUACCACCAAAUUCAGAAAUUUUAUCAUUUUCACCAUUAGAACUAAUUAAAGAAUUACAAAAUGAAAUAUAUCCAGUUAUACAUGAUUUUAAAGAAAAAUGUAAAGCAAUCUUUUGUGAUCAAUUUAAUUUGGAAGAAUUUACAGAUAAUGAAUCGAUGCGAAACUUAUUAACUGAAAGAAAGUUUUCAAUGGAUAAGGAUCAAUAUGAACCAUUUGAAAAUAUAUUACAUGAUAUAAUUUAUUUGGAUAAAAUGGAACUUAUUGAAUACUCAAAGGAUUUAGAAAAUGAUGUCUCCUUUCAUAUUGUCCCAAUUUGUGGUUUAACAAUUAGCGUUUUCGCACGUUAUGAAAAUGAAUUAAAUACUGCAAUUGAACUAUGGUCACCUGAACAAGGUAGAUAUUAUUAUAAUAAAUAUAAUAAUAAUAAUAAUAACAACAAUAACAAUAAUAAUAAUAAUAAUAAUAUAGUUGUUGCAUCUGAAGAAUUUGUUGAUUUACCAUUAAAUAACAAUAAUAAUAAUAAUAAUAAUAAUAACAAUAACAAUAAUAAUAAUAAUAAUAACAACAACAACUUUAGUAAUUUCAUUGGUAGACAUCAAUAUAGUGAAAGUGAUAGUCCAUUAUCACUCACUAUAACUAGUAAACCACAAUUAAUGACAAUUACACCAUUUGUAUACAAUAGUGGUGGUAAUAGUAAUAGUAAUAAUAAUAAUAAUAAUAAUAAUAAUAAUAAUAAUAAUAAUAAUAAUAAUAAUAAUAAUAAUAAUAAUAAUAAUAAUAAUAAUAAUAAUAAUAAUAAUAAUAAUAAUAAUAAUAAUAAUAAUAAUAAUAAUAAUAAUAAUAAUAAUAAUAAUAAUAUUAUUAUUAAUAAUAAUAUUUGUAAUAAUAAUAAUAACAAUAAUAAUAAUAGUAAUAAUAAUAAUAAUUAUAUUACAAUUUCAAAAUCAAGAAAUAUUAUAAAAGAAGAGAAAUCACAAUUAGUUGAAAGUAUUUUAACACAAUCACCAAAGAUUGUAGAAGAAACAAUAAAAACAUUACAAACGGAAAAUGAUGUUGAUGCAAUGAAGGAGAUUAUUAAUGAAAAGGAUAAUGAUGGUUGGGCACCAAUUCAUUUCGCAUGCUCAAUUGGUAAUGCGGAAAUUUGUUUAUUACUAUUAUCAGUACCAGGUAUUGAUGUUUGUUUGAAGAAUAAUCAAGGUGGUUCCGCAUUACAUUUCUUGGUUAGACAUCCUUGUACUGAAAAGAGAAAAGAACUAAUUGAUAAAUUACUUGCCCACAAGGUCAAUAUCAACAUUGGUAGCAAAUGCGGUGAAACUCCACUUCAUUCUACUACACUACGUGGAAAUGUUGAUACUGUACACUUCCUAUUAAAUAGAAAAGCAAAUGUUAAUGCAACUACAACCAAUGGUGAAACUGCCCUUCAUUAUGCUGUCUCUGCUGAUAGAAUUGAUAUUAUCAAAGUUUUACUUGGAUUUGGUGCUUUAACUAAUAUAGUCUCUAAAAAACGUGGUACUCCUCUUGAUUUGGCAAAAUCUUUAAAAUAUACUGAAACUAUAAAAUUACUUACACAACAUGAAGAAAUGAAAAGAUAA